GUUUCCUCGCGAUACGAGCCAGUAGACGAACGAGGACAUCCCAUCAAGUGGUUGCGUUAGUCCCGGUAGGAUGGGUCAUCGUAGCAUCUUGAGGCUCACUGUCUAUUGCCUUGCACUUCAAGGUUGCGUCGCAUAUCUGCCUAUCUUACAGACGUGCGAUAACAAGGCAACCUGUUGUUUUUCAACGUCGUUGUCCUAGCCUCAGACGUGCUAGGCUGGGGCGCGAAGAUAGAGAACCCCCUGAAGGAUCGCGGACUAUGGAGCAGUCGUUGCUUCGCUAUCAGCUGUUAGCAGCUGAGAUCCCCUAGUAAGCACCUCUAGGACUCCUUUAACGUGUUCUUCGUAGAUAGAAUCAGGCUUGGAUUCGACUUUUAAAGUACCGCAGUAGGAUCUUGACGGCUAGGCUAUAAGCGCUCUUUGGAAUCACAGUUCUUAUCAUGGCCGGCGAUCAGAGGUUAGGAUAUGUUUACCCCCUUCUUAUGUUGACAUGUCCCCGGUAAGAUCUACCUACCAAGAUCCAAGUCUCCUAUGCCUUGAAGCUCUCCUUUUCUCAAUUUCUAAUCGUAUUUCCAAAUUUUCAUAAUGCCAGACCUAGAGAAGGGAAAAGUCAACGGUUUCUCACAAGCUAAAGACCGUCAAGAUGGCCCUAAUAACUUGGCUGAUUACCCUUCACACGCCAUUGCCGUCGUCGGUAUGGCUGGCAGAUUUCCCGACGCAGACUCAGUCGACGAGCUUUGGGAGCUUUUGCUCGAAGGAAAAUCAACGGUGAGGCCUGCAGAUGUUGAAAGACUUCAGCUAUCGCAGAGUGGCAACUACGCAAAUAUGAAUUGGUGGGGGAAUUGGCUCCGUGACCCAGAGGCCUUCGACCACCGCUUCUUCAAGAAGUCAUCUCGUGAGGCCAUCGCCUGGGAUCCGCAGCAGAGGGUCCUGCUCCAGGUCAUCUAUGAAGCGUUAGAGUCGGCAGGCUACUUUGGUCUAUCUUCAGCCCCUGAGGCAGAUGACUACGGCUGUUACAUCGGAGCGGUUAUGAACAGUUAUUAUGAUAAUCUCGCAUGCCAUCCACCUACUACGUACGCCACUAUCGGGACAGGACGAUGUUUUUUUAGUGGUAGCAUGAGCCAUUAUUUCGGGUGGACAGGUCCAUCGUUGACCAUCGAUACAGCUUGCUCAUCGUCACUGGUGGCUAUCAACACAGCCUGUCGAGCUAUUUGGUCCGGUGAAUGUUCUCGGGCUGUUGCCGGUGGUACCAAUAUUAUAUCAAGUCCGGGUGACUUCCACAAUCUCAAUGCAGUGGGCUUCCUAAGUCCAACUGGGCAGUGUAAACCAUUUGAUGCUGGCGCUGAUGGUUAUUGUCGAGGUGAAGGCGUCGGGGUCGUCGUUCUCAAGCGGCUCUCCGAUGCUAUUCAAGAAAAUGACAAUAUCCUUGGUGUAAUCGUUGGGUCCGCAGCAAACCAGAAUCGUAACUUCAGUCACAUCACAGUUCCACAUUCGGACUCACAGGUUGACCUGUACCACAAAGUGAUGAAACUCGGAAAUGUGAAACCGGAAUCUGUGACCUACGUAGAGGCUCACGGAACUGGAACUGUGGUUGGUGAUCCGAUCGAGGUCCGCAGUAUUCGCGAUGCCUACGGUGGGCCUCAAAGAGAUUCUCUUCUCCAUUUCAGCUCUAUCAAGGGUAAUAUAGGCCAUACGGAGGCUGCUGCAGGUGUUUCUGGCCUGAUCAAAGUUCUUCUCAUGAUGAGGCAUGGAAAGAUACCUAGGCAAGCAAGCUACAGCGAGCUGAACCCUAUAAUACCCUCUCUGAGUCCAGAUCGGAUGGAGAUACCUACGAGCGUUCUGCCCUGGAACCCUCCCAUUCGGUUGGCAGGUGUGAAUAGUCACGGUGCCGCUGGUAGCAACUCAGCACUAAUAGUACGCGAGAAGCCAUCAUUAGGCUAUACGGCGGCGCCCAUAAGCCUCGAGAAGUAUCCAGUGAUACUCUCUGCUGGUUCGCUCAACAGUCUGUCCAUGUAUAGCGAGAAGCUGCUCGGUUGGUUAAAGGAAGCCAAGACUGGGACUGCUAAUCUCCUAUCAUCGCUAACAUUCAACCUUGCUGAUCGAGCAAACCACACAUUACCAUAUAAACUUUCUACGUCGGUAUCCAGAAUUCAAGAUCUCGAGUCCAAACUCAAAGCCGCGUCCUCUGGCUUAGGCAUAAACACAGUUGACAACCCCAAACCAAUAAUUCUCGUAUUCGGAGGUCAAGAAAGUGACUUCGUUGGGCUAUCUCACGACGUAUAUCGCUCCUCAAAAGUGUUCCGCAGUCACCUCGAUAAUUGCAACGAGAUUCUAGUUUCCAGGGGGUUAGAAAGCCUUUAUCCAUCCAUCUUCAAAUCAGAACCAACAGAAAACCUGCCGAUUUUACAUGCGGCUCUUUUUGCUGUGCAAUAUGCAUCCGCCAAAGCUUGGAUUGAUUGUGGACUGAGAGUCGACGGGGUGAUUGGACAUAGCUUCGGCCAGCUGACUGCACUUUGUAUUUCUGGCUGCCUCUCACUCCCCGAUACGCUGACAUUAGUGGUGGAAAGGGCGUCUCUGAUGGAGAAAUACUGGGGUGAUGAGCGAGGGACGAUGGUGUCUAUGCAAACAGACCGUCAUACUGUUGACCAAGUUCUCCACUCCCUCAAGGCCCAAGAUAAUGAAUUUUCUGCCGAGAUUGCUUGCUACAAUGGCCCAAGGAAUCAUGUGGUGGUAGGCUCUUCUAAGUCUAUGGACCUCUUAGAACAACACAUCGCGAAUGACCCGUCCCUUCACGAUUCAGUUCGCACCAAGAGACUCCGGGUAACUCAUGGUUUCCAUUCACGUUUUACCAAGCCCAUCUUGUCUCAUCUCACAAGAGUGGCCAAUAAAUUAAGUUGGAGGCAACCUACACUGCAUCUUGAGACUACUGACGAAGCCAAUAGCAUCACCCAACCUAACUUCGAAAUCAUUCCACGGCAUACAAGAUUUCCAGUCUUCUUUCAACAGGCGGUAGAGAGGCUCAUCACGCGGUUCUCUCAGAUCACCUGGAUCGAAACUGGUCGAGGAUCUUCGGUCAUCCAACUCGUGAAAGAUUCAGUACCAGAUCCGGAAGGACAUGUGUUUUUAUCACCACGGCUCACUUCUUCCAAUGCGCAAAACUCUCUCACCGACGUAACUGUCGAGCUAUGGGGAUCUGGGCAUGCUGUGCAGUAUUGGCCAUUUCAUAGAAGCCAAAAGCCCGAAUUUGAAUAUCUAAGCUUGCCACCGUACCAAUUCGAGAGAACACGACACUGGCUCCCGUACAUAAGCAGAGCCCCUGAAAAAAGAGUGUCAAAAAACGAAGAGGUAGAAGAAACACAUGAGCUUGUCUCCUUCUUGCGGUUUAAAGAUAGAUCCGAAAAUGAAGCAUUAUUUCGAAUUGAUCCUCGAUCCGAUCGCUUCCAAACCUUAGUAGGUGGCCACGUCAUGGCUGGCGAGACACUCGUUCCAGCCGCUCUGUAUUUCGAGAUCAUAGCUCGCGCAGCUUUGAUGCUUCAGAAAGAUACCGACGUGGAAGAAUACGUGCCCACCGUCGAUGACUUGGCCAUGAGAUAUCCAAUUGGUCGCGAUACCUCAACUGAGAUUACACUUAUGCUGAAACGCCUCAAGGACGUACAUCCUUCAUGGGCAUUUGCUAUCACUACUAAAUCUGGCGAGAGCCAAAAAACGGAGCCUUCUGAGCAAUCUAUAGGCAUAGUAUCCCUUAAGAAGCGUAGUGAUGCACAAGCAGCCCGAAAUUUCCAGCGAUUCGAGUCGAUAACCGGCCAUCGUCGAUACGCGGAAGUGUUCAACCAUCCGGAUGCCGAGAGGAUGCAAGGAAAUCAUGUCUAUCGUGCAUUCAGCACCGUCGUCAAUUACGGCGAAUGUUUCCGGGGCGUCAAGGAGAUAGCUUGCGUGGGACAUGAAGUUGCCGGGAAGGUGGUCAUAACUCCAGACAUAACAGCUCCUGCGGACCAGCGCCUCUGCGAUACCCCUAUGAUCGACAGUCUUAUGCAGUUUGCUGGCUUUCUAGUGAACUAUUUCAACAAUCCAAGCCUUGAUGAAGUCCUCCUUUGUAUGCAUAUCGAACACAUUGAGAUUGGUGGAAGCUUCAAUCCUGACGCCAGAGAAUGGAUCGUGUACGCCAAUCAGAGUGAUAAUGACGAAUGUGAUGCAUCAUCAGAUAUCUACAUAUUCGAGGCUGGAAGUAAGACGAUGGUCAUGACUGUCUUUGGAUGCCGCUUCAUGAAGAUGCGGAAAGACGUACUUGGGCAGAUUUUGAAGGACGUCAACAGAUCCGGAACCUCACUCGUAGAAUCACGGAAGCCAUUGGCUCAGGCUGUUGAGAAGACGGGCCCUGUCAUUCCAGACCCCCCGCAAAAUUCGGCUAGGGAGUCCUCAAGUAAGCGAGACGAGCUAUUCCAAGUACUAUCCAAUAUUACCGACCUUCCACUCGAAGAGAUCAAAGAUGACUCUACCUUAGAAAACCUUGGGAUAGACUCGCUGAUGGCAACUGAGGUGUUGAACGAUAUUCGGACAGCCUUCAACUUGAACAUUGAUCUAACAAGUUUCCUGUUAUUCCCUAAUGCGAGCGCUAUUGUGACUUAUAUCAAUGAAAGCCUCGGAAUUAGUAGCGAGGAUGGCGAAUUAGAUACGCCACCAUCUUCAAACGGAUUCAAUGAUGUUAGUUCAACCGUUCCAAAAGGGGCCCAAAUUACCAAAUCAAAGCUUUCGGAAAGCGUCAAUCGACCUACCAUCGUAUCAGCGUUUGAUGAUUUCAACGAGAUAAGGCAUGGAUACGACAAGUUCGCCGAAAUAACCAAAGCCACCGGCUUCUGGUCCGAAGCAUAUCCUCACCAGGCCAGACUCGUGCUGGCCUACGUCGUAGAAGCGUUCGCCAAACUCGGCUGCGACUGGACCAAUCUCCAGCCCGGCGACCCCAUCCCCGAGUUAAAAACGCUAGAAAAACACGGUCGAUUUAUGCUUCAGCUCCACCGCAUCCUCGAAGACGGGAAACUGAUCUCUCACACUCACCAAGGCUUCCUUCGCACCAACUCCCCUAUCCCCCAGACCCCCGCUGAAACCAUCUACCACCAAAUCCUCAACACCCACCCCCAGCACGACAUCGUCAACAAGCUAAUAAGAACCGUCGGCUCGCAACUAUCCAGCUGUCUAACCGGCGAACAAGACGGCCUGCAAGUCGUCUUCGGCGACAAAGACACGAAAAAAACCCUCGAAACCAUGUACGAAUUCUGGCCACUCCUGCGCACCGCAACCCUCCUCCUCGGGGCCUUCCUCCUCAAAGCCCUCACCAACGCCGUCGGGAGCGGUAAAUUCCGCAUUCUAGAAGUCGGCGCCGGGACAGGCGGCACGACGCGGUAUAUCGUCAACCACCUGCAAACCCACGGUAUCCCGUUCGAGUACACCUUCACCGACAUCUCGCCCUCGCUCGUAGCCGCCGCGAAGAAGCAGUUCAAAGGCGUAGCCGAGAUGUCUUUCGAAGUCCUUGACGUCGAGAAGCCGGUGCGCGCGGAACACAGGGAGGCGUUCCACUGCGUCGUCGCGACGAACUGUAUCCACGCGACGCGGGACCUCGUGGUAUCUCUGACCCAUCUCCGCGAGAUGCUCCGCGAAGACGGGGCGUUGACGCUGGUCGAGACGACGAGGAAUAUGUUCUGGCUUGACGUCGUGGUCGGUCUUUUCGAGGGGUGGUGGUUGUUUGAGGAUGACCGCGAGCAUGCGCUGGUUGAUGAGCGCCACUGGGAGCGGGUUCUGCGGAAGGCGGGAUUUGGACAUGUUUUGUGGUCUGAUGGCGAGUCGCCGGAGGCGAAGACUGUGCGUGUUAUCGGUGCGUUUCCGCGCGGAGGUCUUAAGGGGGUUAAUGGUGUGGCGCCGUCUUCUAAGCCGGGCUUGGAGACGGUCGUGUAUAAAAAGGUAGGGGAUCUGGAAAUUCACGCGGAUAUAUACUACCCUUCCGAGGAAAUGGUUUCAAAUAAAAAGCUUCCAAUCGCUUUGAUGAUCCACGGAGGCAGCCACAUUCUCUUCUCUAGAAAAGACAUCCGACCCGCGCAAACGGACCUUCUACUUGAAAAGGGUUUCCUACCAGUAAGCCUAGACCAUCGACUUUGCCCCGAAGUAAGUCUCUCCGAGGGGCCGAUGGUAGAUAUCUGCGAUGCGCUCCACUGGGCCCGUCAUACACUACCCGACCUCGUAUCCCUUCAAUCCGGGCUACAAGCCGACGGGGAGAGGGUCGUAGUAAUAGGAUGGUCAUCAGGGGGCCAACUCGCCAUGUCCCUCGCAUGGACAGCGCCUAAAAUCGGGUUGCGGCCACCAGAAGCCAUCCUCGCAUUCUACUGUCCGACGAACUACGACGACGAGUGGUGGCGACACCCGAUCCAGCCCAUCGGCGCGGCCGACAAAGGCGAGGACUACGACGUCCUCGCAGCCGUGCAAGACGAGCCGAUCACCAACUACGACGUAGUGCGCGCAUGGGAACCCCUUUCGGACCAGCGCAUCCACACGGACGCGCGGUGUCGCAUCGUGCUGCACAUGAACUGGAAAGCGCAGACUCUGCCAGUGAUCCUCGGGGGGCUGCCCAGCCGGGGCAAAACGGGCGAAUACGCCUGGGUAGAAGACUGGAACACGCUCGCACAGCCGGGGGCCGACAAAAUCGCCGCCGCGAGUCCGCUCGCGCAGAUCCGACAGGGGAACUACCGCACGCCGACGUUUAUAAUCCACGGCACGGCGGACGACCUGAUCCCAUGGCAGCAGAGCCAGGGGACGUACGAAGCGAUGGUGGAGCAGAACAUCCCGGCGCAAUUAGCUCUGGUCGAGGGAGCGCCACAUAUCUGCGAUCGGAGCAGCGAUCCGAACUCGGAAGGCUGGAAGGCGACUGUGAAGGGGUACGAGUUUCUUGCAUUGUACGUGUUCUAGGUAUUGGGAGGGGGUUAUGGAAUAUGUCACCGCUAGAUGAGAUGAUGGCACUACUAUAUGCUUCUUUCUCUUUCUCCCCUUCAUUCUAUCCGAGAAUUUUGAACUACGUUCGUUUGUACUGUAAGAAUUUACCUAGAAGUACGUUGUAUUGUAACUGUAAUCAUGAAAAUGGAACCGCUCUUCUUACAA